UAACAGCCGGAGGAACCCUGGUUGGGAAACACACUGUAGUAAAGAAUAUGAUGGCCCAAACUGCCAAUUUAGUGUUGGAAGAUGGGACAAAAAUCAGAGGAUACUCCUUUGGGCACCCAGCCUCAGUAGCCGGAGAGGUCAUCUUUAACACCGGACUGGGCGGAUAUGUUGAGGCUAUAACAGACCCCAGCUACCGCGGACAAAUUCUCACUCUCACUAACCCGAUAAUAGGAAAUGGAGGAGCACCUGACACCAAAGCAUUGGAUUCCUAUGGUCUUAUGAAAAACAUUGAGUCAGAAAACAUUCAGGUGUCUGGUUUACUAGUCUUGGACUACAGUCAUGAAUAUAAUCACUGGGGAGCAGUUAAGUCACUCUCAGAGUGGCUACAUGAAGAAAAGGUUCCUGCACUUUGUGGAAUUGAUACCAGAAUGUUGGCAAAAAAGAUUCGGGACAAGGGCACUGUACUGGGUAAAAUCGAAUUUGAGGGACAGCCAAUUGAGUUUGUUGAUCCCAACAAGAGGAACCUAAUUGCAGAAGUAUCAACUAAGGAUGUAAAAGUAUAUGGCAAAGGGAACCCUGUUAAAAUUGUGGCUGUGGACUGUGGAGUGAAACACAACAUCAUUCGACAACUGGUAAAGAGAGGAGCUGAGGUGAACCUGGUUCCCUGGAAUCAUGACUUCACAAAAAUGGAAUACGAUGGUCUCUUACUUACAAGUGGACCUGGAAACCCAGAAUUGGCCCAGCCACUAAUACAAAAUCUGAGGAAGGUCUUCAAAAGUGACCGCCCUGAACCAGUGUUUGGAAUCUGUAUGGGGAAUGAGAUUGCAGCUUUGGCAGCUGGUGCCAAGACAUAUAGGUUGCCUAUGGCUAACAGAGGGCAGAAUCAGCCAGUUAUGAACACAAUGAAUGGACAGGCCUUUAUCACAGCUCAGAAUCAUGCCUAUGGAGUAGACAGCAAAUCUUUACCUGCCGGUUGGAAACCACUCUUUGUAAACAUAAACGAUCAGAGCAAUGAGGGCAUCAUGCAUGAGACCAAGCCAAUCUUCACUGCCCAAUUUCACCCUGAGGCCAACCCUGGACCUGUUGACACAGAGUUCUUGUUUGAUGUCUUCCUGUCAAUGAUAAAGAAGGGUAAAGGCACAACCCUGGCAUCUGUAAUGCCCAAACCUGGUCUACAGUCUAAGAGAAUUGAGGUAUCCAAAGUCCUCAUCUUGGGUUCUGGAGGUCUCUCCAUUGGACAAGCAGGAGAAUUUGAUUAUUCUGGAUCCCAGGCUGUCAAAGCUAUGAAAGAAGAGAAUGUGAAAACCGUCCUCAUGAACCCAAACAUCGCCUCUGUCCAGACCAAUGAGGUGGGAAUCAAGCAAGCUGACACUGUCUACUUCCUGCCUAUCACACCACAAUUUGUCACUGAAGUUAUUAAGACAGAGCGACCAGAUGGCAUCAUCCUGGGGAUGGGUGGACAGACAGCCCUGAACUGCGGUGUGGAACUCUUCAAACGUGGCGUGCUUAAGGAGUAUGGAGUUCGAGUAUUGGGAACUUCAGUGGAAUCCAUCAUGUUUACUGAAGACAGGCAGCUUUUCUCUGACAAACUAAAUGAGAUAAAUGAACCCAUCGCCCCAAGCUUUGCCGUAGAAUCGGUGAAAGAUGCUCUGAAUGCAGCUGACAAAAUUGGCUACCCUGUCAUGAUUCGAUCAGCCUAUGCUUUGGGUGGACUGGGGUCAGGUCUUUGUCCCAAUAAAGAAACACUCACAGACCUGGCAACAAAGGCCUUGGCAAUGACAAACCAGAUUUUGGUGGAACGCUCAGUUGUGGGUUGGAAGGAGAUUGAGUAUGAGGUGGUAAGAGAUGCAGCAGAUAACUGCGUCACUGUCUGCAACAUGGAAAAUGUGGAUGCUAUGGGAGUCCACACAGGUGACUCGAUUGUUGUAGCUCCAGUUCAGACUCUGUCUAAUGAAGAGUGCCAGAUGUUAAGGGCCGUUUCUAUCAAAGUUGUGCGACAUCUGGGCAUAGUCGGUGAAUGCAAUAUCCAGUUUGCUUUGCAUCCUACUUCACUGGAAUAUGUCAUCAUUGAAGUCAAUGCCCGACUCUCCCGUAGCUCUGCUUUAGCUUCUAAAGCCACUGGGUACCCACUGGCUUUUAUUGCUGCUAAAAUAGCCCUGGGUAUACCCCUGCCAGAGAUUAGGAAUGUUGUCUCUGGAAAAACCACAGCUUGCUUUGAGCCAAGUCUUGACUACAUGGUCACUAAGAUACCCCGCUGGGAUUUGGAUCGCUUCCAUGGUGCCUCAGGAUUGAUUGGCAGCUCUAUGAAGAGUGUCGGAGAGGUCAUGGCUAUUGGUCGCACAUUUGAAGAAAGUUUCCAGAAGGCACUACGAAUGUGUCAUCCAUCAGUAGAUGGCUUCACCUCAAAUCUUCCAAUGAACAAAGCUUGGUCAGCAGAUACCAACCUAAGGAAAGAGAUGGCAGAGCCCACCAGCACUCGUGUAUACAGCAUGGCCAAGGCACUGCAGACAGGAAUUCCUAUAGAUGAAAUCAACAAACUCACAGCCAUUGACAAGUGGUUCCUCUACAAGAUGCAAGGCAUUCUGAACAUGGAGAAGACUCUGAGAAGCAGCAAGAGUGAAUCUGUUCCAGAAGAGACAUUGCUGCGUGCCAAGCAAAUAGGCUUCUCUGACCGCUAUAUUGGAAAGUGUCUGGGGCUGACUGAAGCUCAAACCAGAGAACUUAGGCAGAACAAGAAUGUCAAGCCAUGGGUCAAGCAGAUUGAUACAUUGGCCGCUGAAUAUCCUGCAAUAACAAACUACCUCUACCUCACUUACAAUGGACAGGAACAUGACAUAAAGUUUGAUGACCAUGGGAUGAUGGUUCUAGGCUGUGGCCCAUAUCAUAUAGGCAGCAGUGUUGAGUUUGAUUGGUGUGCGGUUUCCAGCAUCCGUACACUACGGGAGCUCGGAAAGAAGACUGUGGUGCUGAACUGUAACCCUGAGACUGUCAGUACAGAUUUUGAUGAAUGCGACAAACUUUACUUUGAGGAACUGUCACAGGAAAGAAUUUUGGACGUAUUCCAACUAGAACAAUGUGAUGGCUGCAUCAUCUCAGUAGGAGGGCAGAUCCCAAACAACAUGGCAGUGCCUUUGCACAAGAAUGGAGUGAAGAUCAUGGGCACCAGCCCACUGCAGAUUGAUAGAGCUGAAGACCGUUCCAUUUUCUCUGCUGUCCUGGAUGAACUUCAGAUUGCCCAAGCACCCUGGAAGGCAGUAAACUCUCUGGAUGAUGCUCUGCAGUUCACAAAGACUGUUGGCUACCCAUGCUUACUACGUCCUUCUUAUGUGCUCAGUGGAUCAGCAAUGAAUGUGGUGUAUGGAGACGAGGAACUGAAGACCUUCCUAGCUGAAGCCACACGAGUGUCACAGGAGCACCCAGUGGUGAUCACCAAGUUCAUUCAAGGUGCACGAGAAGUGGAAAUGGAUGCUGUUGGAAAAGAAGGCCGUGUCAUUUGUCAUGCUAUUUCAGAGCAUGUGGAGGAUGCUGGAGUACACUCAGGAGAUGCUACCCUUAUGAUCCCCACACAGACAAUCAGCCAGGGGGCAUUGGAGAAGGUGAAAAUUGCAACCAAGAAAAUUGCAAGCGCCUUUGCCAUUUCUGGACCCUUCAAUGUGCAGUUCCUUGUCAGAGGAAAUGAUGUUCUGGUGAUUGAAUGCAACCUGAGAGCUUCCCGUUCCUUCCCAUUUGUGUCCAAGACCUUGGGGAUUGACUUUAUUGAUGUGGCCACCAAAGUCAUGAUUGGAGAAAAAAUUGAUGAAGGUCCUCUCCCAACAUUAGAGAGACCCAUCAUCCCUGCAGAUUAUGUUGGCAUCAAGGCACCAAUGUUCUCCUGGCCACGCUUGAGAGGAGCUGAUCCAAUUCUGCGCUGUGAGAUGGCAUCCACUGGUGAGGUGGCUUGCUUUGGACAAAACAUCUACUCUGCCUUCCUGAAGGCCAUGAUAUCUACAGGCUUCAAACUGCCCCAAAAGGGAAUUCUGAUUGGAAUCCAGCAUUCAUUCCGUCCUCAUUUCCUUGGCACUGCCCAGCAACUCAAAGACGAAGGAUUCAAGCUGUAUGCCACUGAGGCCACUGCAGAUUGGCUUAAUGCAAAUGAUGUUCCCACUACAGCUGUUGCCUGGCCAUCUCAGGAGGGACAGUCUAAUUCUCCAUCAAUCAACAAGUUGAUCAAGGAAGGCAGCAUUGAUAUGGUCAUUAACCUGCCAAACAACAACACAAAGUUUGUGCGUGAUAACUUCCUAAUAAGGAGGUCUGCAGUGGACAGUGGAGUUGCUUUACUUACCAACUUCCAGGUGGUCAAACUGUUUGCUGAAGCUAUUAAAUAUUCCGGAGACCUGGAUGCUAAAAGUCUUUUCCACUACAGAAAAAUUGGGGGUGCCAAGUCCUCAUAAGGAGCCCAAACUUUUCUAAAGCAGCUUUCAUAACCGAAAGGACCGUCUCACUGAAGGAGAUCUUUUCUUGAUCAUUUGUUUAUUUUCAAUUGUAUUUGACAUUGUCUUAAGAAGACACUAAGAUGUUGCUAAGAGGAUUUGAACAUGUGAAAUCUGAACUCUGCUGGGGAAAAAAAAUAAUUAUAUAUUUGUUUAAAUAAUUCUUAGUAUACAACAUGGAUUGCCAUUUAGAGUCACCCCUACAAUUUCUAUAUCACCAUAUAAACAUAAAACAUACAUAUCUUAGGCCAUCACAUUCUAUAUAGUUACAUCUUAAUUCUACCAUAGUGUAUGGACUUUUGAAAGGAUUUGACAUCAUCAAAGUGAAAAUGUUAAGAUACAAAAAUACUGAUAAAAUAUCUCCAUCUCCAAGCACCAGUACAGUACAGUACAUGGCAGGUCAUUUAAAACAUCUUUCAUAGGCUGUAUAGUAUCACAAACACAGUAGUGUAGCUUCUCAUACUUUGUCUAUAAUAAACCCCAUAUUAAUUGGGUUUGAUUUCAGCAUUGUGUCCAGAAAUCCUAAAUCUAUAAGCUAAAAAUCUAACAUCAAAUCUAUCAUUGGUUAUGUACUGUUUGCUCUACAUUAUAUAAUCUAGGAUAUCCUAAAUAUAUUUUUAUUAGGCACAUCCUAUAUAGGUUUGUGAAACUGUAAAAAUGUACCUACAUAUUUGGUCUUAGAUACAAGGAGACCAAAGAAAACAGUAUAUUGAGAAUGUAAAAAUGGAACUGUACAGUUAUUUGGCUAGAUCCAUGUUUGGCAGAGAGUAGCACUAGUCUGGAGCCUGUAACAUAUAAACCACCUACAGUAACAGUACUAACUUUUCAGGGACAAAGUACUAACCUUGGAUAAUGUUUAUACUGAACCCAUCUAUAAAAAUGUGCACAUUGUAAUGAUGAUAAGCCAUUUCUAAGUUGAACACAAACUUUUUAAACAUGGCUGUUACAAAGAAGCAAAUGUUAAAUGGAGGAUCCUAAUAAUUGAAUGUGAAGAAAUAA